UCCUUGUGUGCUUUGAUAUUGUAGUCAACAUUUUCCUUAACUUAGAAAAGCCUAGAUACACUUAGAAGCGAUCUCCCUAUAUCUGUAAAACAUGGCUAACGUGAAUUCUACGACUGAUAAUUUCGUGAAACGCAUUUACAAGGAUCCCUACUGUUGGCUGGAACCCCUCUCAAUAAUCGUGCUCAUCGUCUUGACCUGUUUCUAUUACAUUUAUGAUGUGUUCUAUGUGGUGCCGCAGUUACAUGGUUUCUUUGGACAGACAAUCAACUUCUUGAUCGCCACUUGGAUCGUUUACAAUAUUUUCGGAAAUCUUUGGGCCUGCUGCAGGACAACAAGCUCAGUGAACACGUUGAGACCGGAACUAAUGCAGCCUGUAAAGGGAGAUGAGUACCUUUGGCGAUAUUGUGAUAAAUGCGACAAACUAAUGCCACCGAGAGUCUGGCACUAAAUCUGCAAAUGUUGCAUUCUAAAGCGUGAUCAUCACUGCAGCUUCACGGCCAAUUGCAUUGGACACAACAAUCAACGUUACUUCAUCGCGUUGAACUUUCACCUUACCCUUGGAGCUGGCCAGGCUCAGAUCUACAAUUUCAUCAUGGCCUUAAAGCAUGGCUUUAAUCGGGAAAAUUGGUUGCCGAUAUUUUUCGAUGAAGCUUUCGCUACGGAUGAUUCGGACAUUUUGUUUUCAUACCUAAUGAGAACCAUCUUUUACAUUAACCUGAUGUGCUUUGUAUUUCCCUUGCUGGUGUUAAGCUGGCAAAUUCUAUUGGUCGUAAACAAUGCGGUUUCUGCGGACUCUACCGAUCGCACAUAUGAUCUCGGAAUAGGACGCAACUUUUCCCAGGUGCUGGGAAAUCGAAGAUUCUUGACUUUGCUAUCUCCAAUGAUCGAGAGUCCACUCCCCCACGAGGGUGUCCAUUGGCAGUCCAAGCGUACCGUCUAAAUGAUACAAUUUGAUACCCUUAUCCCAGUGUGUUUUCCAAAUUAUAUAUAUAUGCACGUUU